UAAGUGCAGUUUUAACAUCCGCCCCUUAUAUUUCACCCCGGAAACGAUUUCUUUCCCCGCAUUCCAGCACGCGUUGAAUGCAGCUAAUUUUACGCCUUUGGAAACGCGAUUUCGCAACCACGUCCCGUGCGUGUGACUCAGUGCAUAACUGCUGACCAUGUUUGCGAUUUGUCGCGGAUUGACAGUUAGCGGCAUUCUCGUGCCCGAAGUUUUUUAACGCGCGGCGGGCGUUAACGUUUUAUGACGUGAAUAUGGAUCGCGUCCACAAUGGGCGUGUGGGUAUUGACCUUCAUGUCUAGUCGCUGAGACGCUGCCAAAAUUCGAAGAUUUCCUCCUCGAGGGAUCGUUUUCCGUGUGCGCGAUAUUUGUUGUACAAUGGCAAAUUCCGCACUUUCGUUUCGCGUCGGACGUGGUUUCACCUGAGUUUUGUUGAAAACCAUUUCCGACGGUAAGGUUAAAGUGAACAUCGCGAUGACACUCGAGAAUUUGCUUGGUGUUUUCGGAAUGUCAUUUGCGAUUGCGUAACUGACGUGACCUAGGCUGCUGAUAACUUCCUUUGUUGAAUGUAUUUGCACCUUCUUUUGAAGUAUACAACACGCACUCAACCGAACAGGCAAUUGUUGUAUUUCAAGAUGGGGUGGUGAAAGGCGACAAAUCAUGCAGUCUCGAAACACAAUGAACUAACUAAAAAAAAAAUUAUAAUCUUACUUUGAAAUGCAUGAUUUUGUGUGUUAAUUAAUAAACAUUUCUCGGCGUUCUAAAUUCAAACCUUGCUGUUCAAAGAACUUUUCGACGUUGGCAAACCUCUGCGAGUUGCUGCUUGAAGUAAAUGUCGGACACUAACACUUUGAUGGCUCCAGCCCCAUGCGUUGCGGCGAGACUGACCUGGCUUCACUCGGAGUGCGCGACAGAGCGGAAGAACGUGGCAGUUUCGGUCCAACGGGAGGCUAGUCUCGGCUCUCGUGGCCAUGAGGAGUAGACACAGAGUCGGCAGUCUGCGGCUAGGCAACGACUGCUCACCCGUCCGGACGUCUCGUGAGCUCGUACACCCGCCCCCAGCUUCGCCCUUCGAUCUAUGCUGAGGAUUGUGGGAGCAUGAAGUACCCGCAACUGGUACCCAUGCCCUCAGCUGUCCAAGACUGGCUGGAUGAGCAACUGGAAGCUCGUGGGAUUGAUGCUGUGGUCUACACGCGCUACAUUCUCAGCUUGCUUCAGAGAGACACUCUCGACCUGUUGGACGAUCCACUCAGCCUCUCGCCUUCCAAAGAAAAAGAGACGGGGCGGCGGGCCCGCAGGAGGGGCCGGCGGGACGAGCACUGGCAUGUCUGGGACAGCGAGCAGCUCAAGCGCUCUGCCGCUGUGGAGUGCCUCAUGUCUGCCUCCGACCAGAAAUUUGGCAUUGAAAAGCUGGUGGAUGAGCUGUGUGCCAAAUUGAAAGAAAUUCAGAGUGAAGGUGAAAAAAGUGUUCAUUUGGAAUUGUCGCAGCCACCACAUUCAAACAAGAAACUUCAAUCACCAUCUCCUCAGGAUCAGAUAAAAAAGUAUUAUGAAGCCUUUCCACCUUUAAGCAGUAAACCGAGCAAGGCAGACAACCAGUCGGUCGUCCCCGAGAUCCCCGAGGCCACGUCCGUCUGGGGCGGGAAGAAGGAGACGGAGGGGAGCGACACACGGGCGGGCAGCAGGCCGUGGGCUGGGCGAGGGAACAUGAAGCUUCGGAGCCAGGGCAGCUGGGAGAAGGAGAGCUACGGCUUCGCGUGGAACAUGGCCGAGGAGCGGAUGCUGGGUCCCGAGGAGGCCGGGUGCGAGCCCCUGCGAGUGCUGCGAUGCAACCGGCAGAACCGCGGGGGCGACGCGGGACUCCUGGCCUGCCGGCGGCUGUACGAGCGGCAGGCCGGCUGCCCUGAGCGCUCCGCGGACGACGGGAAACUCGCCCAGCUCAUCGCAAAGUUUGACCGCAACAUAGAGGCCUUGUGGAGCGCCGAGGACGUCGAGGAAGGCGAGGAGCAGGAGCUGCCCGUGGAUCUGAACGAGCUGCUUUCGUCGCCCGGCGGCGAAAGGUCGCCCGUCGAAGCGCAGUGCCCGAACAGGUCGGAUCCCGCGGGGCAGGCCGGAAAUUCGUUCAUACACAGCGGCACGAACAUCACCAAUUCCAUUUGGUCCGACAACCCGUCUCAGGACGGUUCUGUCGAGCACGAGUCUUUUGUAGUCGAUGCAGCAGCCCAACCCCUUGGCAUUCAGGAAGUAGUAGAUGAUGCUGCGGAAGUAAAUGUAUCGGUAGAUCAUAGCGAUAUCAAAGUUGGCUCUCCAACGAACACGGUUUCAGGAGAUUAUGGCAAAAAUACUUUCCAGUCUGAGAAUGUGGAUGGCUACAGAAGUUUGCACCGGCAAAAGGAAAUUUUCUUGAACCAGCAUUAUGACAGUCUGGAGUUGGGUAGUAUUUUUAAUUUUGCCCCAAAGGAAGAUGCUGCAGCUUCUCGGAACAGGUUUGAAAAUUUCCCGCCCGUUUUCAACAACAUGUCGUGGGGGUUGAACUACCCGUUGCGGGAGGUGACGCGCGGCAUCGCCGUCCAGGUACUGGCGGAGACGGAUGACGACUCGGAGCGCGGCGGCUACGCGAACGGGCUGGGUCACAUCAGCCGGCCCGUGGGCCAGCCGAGCGCCCCGCAUGGGAGCCUCACCGCGCUCAACCACCACGGGGAGGGCAGCAGCUUCAGCGUCGUGGUCCCCCGGCAGGAGCCGGCGUCGGCCCUGCGAGCCUCCGAGGCGGCCGCCGACCAGAGCGUGCCCACCGGAGCGGAGGACGUCGCGGCGAAUCCGGAGGGCGCGGCCGAGGAGGAAGACCUGCUCACCUCCAGCCGCACCCACUUCCGGCCGAUCCGGCAGGACAGCUCGGAGUCGCGCGGCGGGAACGUGGGCCACUACGCCGACGGCACCACUUUCGUGAUCCCCAACAACUUGGAGAACGUGUCGUUCAAGAGGAGCGACAGCGGCACGUUGUACCUGGAGGCGGAAGCGGGCGUCGGAUCCCCCCGCAAGUACAUGGAGUACAAGGAAAAGGAGCCGUACGGCGGCCGGUACAGAAUUUACGUUCUGGAGGCCGUGGACGACGGCUCCGACUUUGUGCCCAAGUUCCAGGUGUGCCAGAACGAGAAGUGCUGUCAGACGGAAGUGGAGGAUGAAGAAGAGAGCUUGGUGAUGAGCGACGAGGAGGUGGACCCGAAGCGAAGUCGCCAGACCAUCUCGACCGUCGACGAGACGGAAGAAUUCUUCUUCCCCGGCGACGAACACCUGGUGGCCAAGCUCAUAAACGACAUAGAUAACGAUGACUGCGGGGAGGCCAACUCUAGUGAUUGCUCGUCGUGUAAUUUGAAUGGUGGUGAUGGCACCGAAGCACUUGACAUUAGGCCAGAUGUUGACCGCAAGGGUUCUGAUGAGUGGAGCAAUAAUAUAAAAAUUUGCUUCAAGUGCAACAAUAAUAAUAAUAUCCUUGCUUGGAGGAAUGGGUGGCUGGAUAGUGAUGAAGGCAAGAUGGAACUGUGGAACAACUCUACUACUGAAAUCCCCUCAUGGCCGGACAUCUGGAGCGACUGCGCCGACGUGGCGGCGGGGAAGGCGGCGUGCGAGCGCUGCGUGCUGGCGGGAGAGGGCGCCGGCAGCGUGCAGCGCCGGCGGCUGCGAGAGGAGCUGAGCCGCGACGGGGAGCAGCUGCUCUCUGACCUCAGCUACUUCCAGCACCUGUACCUGGGCUCGGACUGGCCCGAGGACGGCGCCCCGCCUGCCGCGCCCCAGAAGGUGACCUGCCUCUCUUCGGCUGAUCAGUCGCCCCAAGAAAUCUCUCUCUAUGCAGAGGAUCGUGGGAGUGUGCCCACGCCUAACCAAACACCUGCUGGGAGAGGAAAGUGCGUCGCGGGCUGCAUCCUGGGGAGACUGCCCGGGGCGACCCAGCCUCCGAGAGAAGCCGGCUGCAAGCAUAACGAACGACCCUUCAGCAUCAGCGUCAUCUCAAAGGACCGCAAAAGGAGACACUCGGCCAGCCAGCGGGCGUGCGCGCUCCCGUGGGACGUGUCGUGCCGGGCCGUGCUGGUCGCGGAUGCCGCCUGCCUGGAGGGAGUGGCGUGCCCGCUGCGCGCGAGUAGCGCCGGCGGGCACGCUCUACGACCGGUCACCCUCUGAGGGUGCCGCCGACCUUAGCUUCAAUUGUAACUCCUGCCUCCCUGCCCCUCCCCCCAGCCGCGCGCGCUGUCCCCAGGCGGCGGGCCUGUUGGCCUUCCGUGCACGGUCCCCACCCGCUCCGUGUCGCAUGCACCCGAUUCUCUGACUAUUUUUUUUUUAAUAUUAUUAUUUUGCUUUAGCGCGUUGGGUGCCGUGCGUGCUCAAGUGAGCGGGCGUUCCUCCAUCGUUCUUCUUAUUAGCUAUAAAAUUUAUUAAUGGAAAAUUUUUUGUUUCUCUCUCUCUCUCUCUCUCUCUCUCUCUCUCUCUCUCUCUCUCGGUUGGAGGGAGCGGCGUGCGGCAAAUAUCCGCCCCUGGGCUGCGUCGCUGCUGCGGCUGGGAGCGGCACCCUGUAACAUAAGCUCGUGUAUUUAUUCUGUAUGUGUGAGCUGCGAACAGGGCUGUUUUUUCCCUGCCGUUCUGGGAAUAGAACAAGGUUUGCGUCCACCCCCCGCCGCCGAAACCGUUUUUGUGACAGUCCCCUAUCUGUGCUUUGUUUUGUUGUUGUGCAUGAUGGGGCCGCCUAACCACACGAACUAUUAGCGUGUUUGUCCGUCUGUGGAAUAUUGUUUGUGUGUAUGUGGUGCGUGCGUGCUUGAGUAAGUUGCCCACACGUGGAGACUUUUUAAUGUUGUAGGUAGUUUUGUGUGUGUGCAUUAGGCAUCAAAAUCUGUGCAGAGUUUUUCAAUGGAUUGUGUAAGCUCAAAAAAAUGCAUAAAAUAUUAAAAAUAUUGCAUGAGUAAGUUCAGAAUGACGGUGACAACGAUGAGGCUCAUAUAUUAGUGUUGUUCGGUGCUGUGCUGAAUUAGGAAUAGUCAGUUUUGUUUUAUGGAGAAUUAUUUUCCUUCGUUAAUUUUGUUUUUUGAAACAAUUGUUAAAAUUCUUUUGAAACAGUUCAACUUCUCUUGUUAGUUUUACUUAUAUAAAAAUACAACUUUUGUUUAAGUGAAGUCUCACAUGUUUUUUGCAUACUAGGCAAAUAGUCUAUUCCAACACUGCUAAUCUCACCAUAGACUUUUGCCAAACCAGGAAUUUUUCAGCACAGAAAGAAAAGCAGAAUGUGCAAUGUAGAGACAUUCGAAUGAGCGGAGUAAUAACUGUCAAACUGGCAUUUGUUGUCUCGCUGCAUAGUGAAAACAUUGUUACGAUACGUUAUUUGUAGUGUAGUGUAACAAAUAGAGUAGUAGAUUAAAAGCAUUAUAAUUGUUUGAAACAGUUUGUGUGUAUAGUAAAAGUAGACUGAUUUUAAUGUUACAAUGUGUGUGUACACUAUGCAGAGAAUUGUUGAAUUCAUUUUUGUUGCAAGAGUAAUUAUUCAGAUAUUUGUAACAAAGAUAUACCACGUGCAUCAGUCAGUCCAAGACAUAAUAUACAUAUUUGUUUGUGUAAUGUGACUGCUGUGAAAGUCUUUAACUUUUUUCUCUCUUGUUGAUGGAUGUAGGCAUUUUGUUUUAGUUUUUGUGUAUGUAUAAAUAUAUAUAUAUUCAGCAUAUUUUUUUUAGGUCGAAUAUGUGUGGGGUGGAAAAAUUUGUUCUAUUCCCAGCGUGAAUUUUGCAGAGUGCGCAUAACUCGGCUUAGUCAAGGUGCUAUCUCUUGUUGAAACCUUGAAGUCUGCUAGGAGACUUGAUAUGUAUGCUGUUGCAAAUUACCAUGUUUGGUAUUUAUAAUAAAAAAAAAAAUAGGAUCUAUGUAUUUAAUUUGUUAUAGUGACAGUAGUUAAAUUGUUUUUGCAUAGUUUCUUUUUCCUCUUGUUCAUUUGCAGCAGUUACCAUAUGCCAAGAAGUAAUUUUGGUAGUUUAGUUUACACUGAUUGUUGUAGGUACCAUCGCAUGUUUAAACAAGCAGUACGUGUAUGCUUUAGGAGUGUACAUAAACUUUUUUUUUCCUCACUGCUUGUGACUACACAUGUAGAAAAUUAAAUGUGAGCUGAGAUAGCUCGUAAAUGGUGUAGGAUUCCAUGUGUUCUGAGAGAUGCCCAUUUCCAAAGCAUGUGUGUUUACUUUGUAGAAGUGGGGUUCAAAGAGAUUUGAGCAUGUUGAGGUCGUUUUCCAUUGUGUAAUCUAUUAAAAUCCAUCGAUCUUGUAGACCAUCUUGCUUGUAAUAAGUUGUCAUGGAAACUUUUUAUUUAUCUACCAUGCUGCAAAUACUACUGGCAAGAUUUUUGAAUUUUCCAGUAAGUUUCUGCAAAGAAUUUUGCUCUGCAAAACUUAUUUGUUGUGUGUGUGUGUGUGUGCAUGCAGUCAUGAGAAAUGUGGCGUGGGUUAAGAAUGUAAUGUCAUGUCCUUCAUAUUCACUGGCCAAUCUAUGAAUGUAUCUGUGUUAUACAAAGCUUGUUAGUUUGAGGACUUGGGAGUAAGUCCUUCAGUGAGAUUUUUUUUUUAUAGUUAUAUAAAUUCAAUAAUAAUUUUAUGGCUCCCUUUCUCAUCUCUAAUUUUUUGGCGGCUUGCAUCAGCUUUAUGCUGCUUCAUCGAAAUGCAUUUAAUUUUAUUGGUAAACAUAGUUUUAAUGAUGUUAGAUGAGAGUUUUAGAUGCCUAGAUUAUAAUCAUAAUUUCACCUUUGAAAUAUGUCCUUUCAGUUUUCAAAUUUAUAUAAACUUAUGUGAAGAAUUAUCGAUAAGUUUGAUAAACAAAAUAGCAAAUGUGUAAUGAAUUUGAAGGGCAUGUUCAUAGUUGUUUGAGAGUUUGGAAUUCAUGGCUUACGGCUGUAAUGAGGUGUACGAAAUGUUAGUUGUGUAUUUGUACAAUUUGUCGUGUGGAAAAUUUCUGAGCAGCUUUGUGUGAGGUGCUUAAGAAUGUCUGUGUGAUUGGAGUGCAUGGUUUUUGUAUGUGCUGUAGCAACACAGUUGCUGAUUGUACGUGGACAACAGAUGUUCAAGUGUACACUGCAACUUUGAUGUGGGUGCAAAGUUGCGCUCUUCUCAACUCGAAGCAAUAUGGUGAACAUUAUGUAGAUACUCCUAGUAGUCCUCUUUUGAGUUAACGUUUCGUGAAAAUUUUUUCUGAUCACACAUUUGAACAAAUGUGCUUGCGUAGUUUCUGGAUAGAACAGCUAUGUAUAUUUUGUCUCUUUCUUUCAUCACUUUCUUGCAUCUUGAUAUUGUAAUGAGGUGGAAAGGUGCAUUGUAAAUAUAAAAAGUAUUCAGCUUAUCUUUGGCAUGCGUGCCCAUGGUAGGAUUUUUUUUUUCUUCUCAUGACCUGAUGAAGGUAUUUUACAACAGAUGUUAAUGACGUGCACAGUAAAAACAAUUGUGCAUGGGUUUUUUGUUUGUGGGGGAUGGUGUAGCAUUUUUGGAAGAUUGAAAUUUGUGAUCCCAGUUACCAGUUCUAGAUACUGUAUGGUCAUGUUGGAUUUGUGGCCGUGUUGGACGUUCUGUUACACUCUGGUUUGUAGCCUGUAUCUGGGAGUUCAGUGAAAUGUAAUAGCAAGUAUCUUAUAUAGGUAAUUAACAUCUUUAUUGCUUUGAAAAGUUGAUUCACGUGAAAAAUCUAUUUUCAGUCAUUUGAAAUGAUUGGAAAUUUUAUUCUUUGAUACACUAAUAAUACCUAUAGAUUCUUUAGCCAUAGAUGAGAAAUGGUGGAAAGUUUUUGUUUCUUAGAAAUUUUUACAAAUAGAUGAUGUUUGUUUUUUAUCAGGUAAAUUUUAUUUAUUUUGGAUAUCAUGAACUGUGUACUGGUUUGAUUUUUUUUUCUGCAAAAUUUGUUACUCAUUAUAUUAUUUAAUGAACAAAAGUAAUAUUCUUUAAUACAUAUUGAUAAGUGUGUAAGGUGUAGCUGUAAUACAGUCAGUAUUGAGAAUGCUGAAAUCAAAAAUCAUUAAUGAAACUAGAUUCUACAAAUAAUUGAAAAUGAGAAUCUUGCAGGUACAGUAUUUUAUCAGGACUAAUGUCAUCUCUUAGAAUGCACUUAUGAAAUACUAAUUGCAAUGUAAAACCUGCAAAGCUAUUUAUUUGGUAUAUUCUGUGGCUAAUGUAUGGGUGUAAAAUUUUAAUAUGAGUAUCUAAAUUCUAGUUUUCAAUAUUAAAGGAUUUUUUUUUUAAUUGUUUAAGUUGUAAAGGACUUUUGUUACUGAAGUUACAAAAAUUUAAUUGCCCUACUUUCAGAAGUAUGUGUCCUGAAAGUUUUGUAUGAUGGUACAAAAGUAUGUACCUCUGUGGACAGUAUGUUUCUAAUAAUCUUUAUUUUUGGAAUGGUCAGUUUAUUUUAAGACCAUUUUCCUCAAAUAAAAUUUUGUGAAACUCUUGAGGAUAAGCUGCAGACUGCAGUGGUCAACAUUAUUCAGACCAUUAAAAAAAUAAUAAUAAUAAUUACUGCUUUUGAUUGAUUGCAAAUGUUUUAGCAAUACAAUUGCAGUUUAUUUAUUAAUGAGGUAGUUAUUCUUGUUUCAAUUGACUCAAUCCAGUUUUCGUGUCAGGGUGAAAAUUUGAAGAUUGCUAUUUAUAAGAAGUCAGUUAAAAGAAGAUGCAUUUGCAUUAUUACUAUAUUUUUCUUUUGUGAUAAGUGCUGAUGAUAGUUCCCCUCCCCCGGUGUAUUGCAUGGGUUUUUACUGUGUAGAAAAUAUGGAUGUUUCCGUCGUAAGUUUGGCAUCCCUUCUCCCUUGCAUACCUAGACCCAAUUUGUUUGAUUUGAAUUCCAAGCCUAAGGUUUUUUCUUUCAAAGUCCUGGCCUGCAGUUAAAAUGACACCCUCUUUGGUAGACAUCUGUCCGCUCGUGAUUGGGAUAACUGGAGCUUCUCCCGAAAGAUGAUUUUUUUAUUAUUCUUUCGAGCAAUUUCAAGGAAACUAUUCAGAAAUUUUGUGAUUGCACGUUAGUUGAAACAGUGGGGGCCCGCUUGCCCCGGUAGAAAGUAAAGCCGUCCAUCUCGCAGCAUUUAUCAGGUAUUAUGUUUUAGAAACAAGUUCAUAACUAGUUGUGCUGUGAAACUCGGGAUUAAUAUCUGGAGAUGCUCGAAUUUGCAUCCAGGAAAGAAGCUUUAAACAAUUAGUAUUCUUUCUUUUGGUCCAACAGUGGAUUUGGAAAUUGUCAUUAAAUACAAAUGUUUAUAAGUAGUACUAAUUUAAAUAUGAGUUUUUUUUUUGUGCCUGGCAGGUGGGGGGGUUAGCUUCUACUGUUAACUUGCAAUCAUAUUGGUCAUUGCUGUACUAUUAUAAAUGUGUGAUCUGGAUAAAAUUCUCCUAGUUUAAACUGAAAACUGGAUUGGUAAAUCAAUUAAAAACUUGAAUAAUGAAAAGAAAAAAUAUAGGUUGAUAGUAUGUUGAGUAAUAUGGUUUUUGUCACGUUGCACAUGUUUUUAUUUUGAUAGUGUUAUGAGAGGCUAUGCGAAAAUGUUUUCCGGCAACGAUGUUAUUUGUUUCAAGUUUCUAAAAUGCACCCCACACAUUUGAUUAAUAAUUCCAUGCUUCUGUUGCGGACAUAAGACGUACUUAAUUUCCUAACAACAUUUGGAUUUGGCUGCUUGAAACAAAUAACAUUUUUGUUUGUGUUUGAUUUUUGAGUGUGGAUGUACGUGUGUGUUAAAUAGUCAUGUUUACCAACUUUAAAUGUGCUUCGUGACAACUUCCAUGACAAAUUCAGGCAUAGCAAGAACGUGUGCUAAUUGAACCAGUGAGUAUAUUGUUAAGUGAGCCUAAAGGUAUUGUAAUAUACUCCAGCAUUUUGUGAGUUCUCUGUUGUAGUUGAAUAUGGAGUGAGGCAAAACUGAUCAUUUAUAGUUUAUUUCUCGUUGAAUGAUGAUGUGCUGAAGCACUCCAAGUUCCUCACAGAAUCUUUAAAUAAACCUAAGGCUCUCUUAAUUUUUUUUAUUUUGCUUAAAGUUGGUAAACAUGACAGCCUUUAGAGAAACUUAGUAUGAAUUUGGAAAAAAAAAAUUGGCAGUUCUGUAAAAUGAUACUGCCCUUUGUAAAUGCACUUCUGCAACAGUUAGUUCAAAUAAUAAAAUAAUAUAGUUACAACCAAGGUGCCAUUUCCUUUGAUAAUUAGAUUUUUUCCCUUUAAAUUUCAUAUCCACUUGAAAGUAAUUAAAUGUGUAACCCCUUGUAACCUCAGAUGUCAUGAAUGUCUAAAGCCAUUAUGAGACACUGUUAAGCUUUUGUGAGACAUUACAUUACUAUCAUAUGAAUCAUAAAAUGGAUAUGAGCUUGAUUCCUGUAACAUUUGGUGAUCUUGCUGUAAGAUACUGUUUGCCCUUUCCAGUGUCAAAAUAUAUGCAUCUUGGUUGUCUUCACAUACUGUUGCAGUUUUUUCCUAUAGCUAAACUGUAUGCAUUAAAAAAAAUUUUUUUUGCAACAUUUAAUGAUAAACAUAAAGAACUUUGAAUUAUAAACCUAUUGUAUGAAUAAAAAUUUUUGUAAAGGAGCAUCAACUAAGUUUUGGAUUUUUUUUUUUUUUUUUUUUUAAUUUUUCUAAUUCUUAUUAGAAUAUUAUUUUUUUGUUAUUAGAUAUUUGAUUUUUUAAAAGGGAAAAAAUGGAUGCUCCUGUUUAAAUUACGUAAAUAAAAAUACUUAUUUGACUGUAAUAUUUGAAUUAACCAAUAAAGAAAUUAAAUCAA